GUCCAGACAGAACAAAACUUUUUUCAGGUCACCUUUCUUUCUUAUGUCUUAGAAACAGGAAAAUUAGAGGUGGGUUCCUGGAUUUAUAUGCAAUCGCUCGGUUGGUACGUAAUCUGCACUCUUUGUUGCUGUACUUUGUUCGGUUCUUCGUAAUGCCUUACAUAGAGAACCUUUGGUCAGUGUUGGUCUUGAACCAUGAGCGCAACAUUGGAGCUUAAAGAAUCUCCUCCAAAAAAGAAUGAUGUUUUUUCAUGAGUGGGUUGGGAAUGAGGGUUUCGCUCGUCUUAUGAGCACAACGGGGAUUGCCUUAUUGCUUUUCUUGAGAAAAUGAAAAAUGUGGGCUUAUAUUCAUGUUCUUAAUGAGCUCUUCGAUGGUCUUAUGCCACAACUUGAUUUGUGCUAAUCGCGGAGUGCGUCGGGAAUCGUUUUCUUUACACGACUCAUCGAAUUUUGUGGCUCAGCUGGGUGGGAAGCGAAGGUGGGUUAGAGGGCUUAUUCCGAAUGCCAAGAAGAAUAGCCGCCUUUCAAGGGAAAGGAGAUGGUGGCAGAAGUUCUUUUUUGAUGACGAUGGCAAUUGGCUUGGUUUGAAGGAUGAUGACAUGCUCGAGGACGUAUUGGAGGGCUCGAGUGAUGAAGGUUUGUCGGAAGGAGACAAGUUUGAGGCGUGGAAGAGAAGAGCCGAGACGAUCAUAGAGUUGAGGGAAGCACAAGAGGAUAUAAUGAACGAGGAGAACCGGGGGUGGGAGGAUUGGCUUGUGGAUGGGACAAAUCAUGUUAACGGCUCUUCUUGGAAUCGAGAUUGGGAUAAUGGAGUUGGGGAGUCGAGAGAAGAUGUGCUGGGUGACUCCAGGGAGAUGGCCCAAGAAAGGGGGUUGGUUGACUCUGUCAGGAAUUUGGUUCUUGGAAGGGAAGAUGAUGAUAUGCUCUAUGAAGAUCGCGUAUUUCAGUAUGCCUCACUGAAUUCGGCUAAAUUUUUGGCUGUGUUGAUACUUAUACCCUGGGCCUUGAAUUUUGUGGUGCACGACUAUGUUCUCAUGCCUUUUCUGGACAGGUAUGUAAAGACUGUUCCACUUGCAGCACAAAUGCUCGAUGUUAGAAGAAAUCAAAAGCUUGAAAUGGUGAAAGAAUUAAAGAUUGAGAGAGCAAGAUUCCAGCUUGAGGUAGAGAUUGGUAAAUCUCCACCUCUUUCUGAAGAGGAAGUUUUGUGGGAGUUACGGCAUAAAGCCUUAGAUUUGAGAGAUGAGUGGAGGUUAGAGAACCGUAGAGCAUUUGCGAACAUAUGGUCAGAUAUGGUAUUUGGGAUCUCAUUAUUCUUUCUUUUGUACUUAAAUCAAACUAAGGUAGCUUUGUUGAAAUUCACAGGUUACAAAAUAAUAAGUAAUAUUUCAGAUACUGGGAAGGCAUUCUUAAUUAUACUUAUCACAGAUAUUUUUUUAGGGUAUCAUUCUGAAUCUGGAUGGCAGACUUUGUUGGAGAUAAUUGUUGAACACUAUGGACUUGAGGUUGAUCAGUCUGCCAUAACCAUAUUUAUCUGCCUAGUUCCAGUUAUCAUUGAUGCAUGCGUGAAACUUUGGUUGUUUAAAUUCCUUCCAAGAUUAUCUCCCAAGGUGGCAAAUAUAUUCCGAGAAAUGAAGCGUCACUAGCAGAUUUGUUUACUGUUCCCUCUGACUAUUUGAGGAAAUUCAGAACAAAGGUAGAGUGUAUCAUCAACCCUAUUAUUAUGUGUUGGGUUCGUGUGUCGUAAAAAAUGGCCAGCUCUUCUCUCAGGUAUUUGUUUUUGUGAGGACGUGAAAUAUGUAACUUUCUUGAAUUUAGUUAGAUGCAAGCCUACUGUCUUUUGAGCGCUUGGAAUUCACGUGAAAAUUAUUGUAAUUCAGUGAAAGAUUGUGAUUGCGAGUCUUAAUUUUGCUCAAAAUUACUCCCCAGUUCAUAAUACAACUUAUUUUGUUUUUUUAUAUAAGCAGCUGGGAUUUGGGGAUUUUA